AUGGCCCAGGCCGUCUCUCCAAACAACACCACAGCCGCAAAUCGUAGACGCAGCCGCACCAAAUUCACAGAAGAUCAAUUGAAAAUCCUCAUCAAUGCAUUCAACCAAAAACCUUACCCGAGUUAUGCUACCAAACAAAGACUUGCUUUAGAAAUCAACACUGAAGAGUCUAGAAUCCAGAUUUGGUUUCAGAAUCGAAGAGCUAGACACCGAUUCCAGAAAAGAUCAGAACCUGAGGAGCACUUAGAAUCAAGCCAAGAUGAAGAUCACCCUGAAGAAAAGAUUCAAAGUAGAGGAGACAGACGGUGCCGUACCAGCUACACUUCCUCCCAAUUACACACCCUCAUCGAAGCAUUUAUGAACAAUCCAUAUCCUGGGAUUGAUUCCAGACAGCAACUUGCUAUCGAAAUUGGAGUUCCAGAGUCGAGAAUCCAAAUUUGGUUUCAAAAUCGAAGAUCUAGAUGCCACGUCCAGAGAAAAAGAGAACCUGAUGAGGCCUUAGAACAGAGACAAGACCAGGGACAAGAUCUCUGA